AUGGCCCUCACAAGAAGCAAAGUUCUGCUACUUGUGCUGGUUGCAGUUAGUUUAGAGCGUCAGCGGUGGCGAGAGAAGCUUCCAGAGGUUGGAAUACCCCAAACCCUGGUGGCUCAUCUGUCCCCUCUUUCUCUAACACAGAUGCAGAAUUUCGUGGUGGGGCUGAGGAAUAUGGACGCUACUUCUUUCGAUGCCCACCAAUUCUACCACUCUGCUGGUUUGAUAUGCCGUGAAGGCGUGAGUUUUCCUCCGAAAGCUAGGUCAUCUUUCGGGAAACCCAGUGCGGAGGUUAGCGAGGUCGAGGAGCACGUGUUCUUCGACAAGAAAGAGCUGCGGGAGUCGGGGGAAAUUGUAUUGCUGGAUCUUAGCCCUUCCAAUUAUUUGAUCUCGUUUUUGCCCAAUGAUUUAGCAGAGAUGAUGCCGCCAUUCUCUUUAGCAAAUGUUUCUCAAAUUCUCAAUUUGUUGAGCGAGUCGAAUUUGUCGCGCAACAUGGUGGGCACGAUGGAAGAAGGAGAAGUGAAGAGGUGCAGCACUUCCAUUGAGGGCAUGGUGGAAUUCGUGGUGUCUGUUUUGGGAUCCGACGUGGACCUGCUCAGUGACCCAUCCGUUGUUGGAUCCGAUUAG